AUGUUUUUUGGGAAAAGAUCAUGUCUUCACUUCCCACGGCCAGCCACAAAUCAUCAAACAAUAAAGAAAGGAAGCCUGUUUUCAAGGAUCAGGCCUGUGACAAAAUCUAGUCUGAAUCUACCAUCACUGGUCAAGUCUCAGAAGCUAAAACGCUGUGAUAAAAUGGAUGAGAUAAAUGAAGUAUUCCUAAAGCUCUCUAUGCUUCACAACAAUUUGCCUGAUCCACUGAGAGAUAUAUUGGUUCAAUGUGCAUGUGAAGAUCAACGAAAGUGUUAUAAGGUUUCCUUCUUUGACAAUUUCUCCAUGAAUUUGAUACCUAAAGAGGCAUAUUGUUCACCACCACCAAAUCAUAUGCCCCUAAGAAAAAGAAGGAUUUCUAACCAGAUUGCUAAUCAGCCUAGACCUUUUGGAGUCUAUAGACAAGAUAUGCCACUAGCAACUAUCAUUGCAAGAUGGAUACCAAAGACCACGUCAUUUCAAUUUGACCACCAAUCAGCUAUUCAAGAACUUGCAACUUUUGGUGACAUUGAAUCCCUCGUCCCUUGUGGAAGACAAUCAGCCAUCGUCACAUUCAAAGAAAUCCGCUCUGCAUGCAAAGCAGUGAGUGCUUUCCCGCCUAAUGGGCCAAACAGGCAUCUCCAGUGCUUUUGGCAUCAUAAAUUCAUGUCAGACUACAACAUUCUAAAAGACAAAGAAAGAUGGUCAACAGCUGUCCCUCUACAUUACAAGUGAAAAGAAGGAAGAAGGCAAUUAGGACAAAUAAAAUCGGUCAUUCCAUAUCUUUCUGCCUCUAAUACUCAUUUCUCUCAGUAUAUGUUAAAACCAUCCACAGUACAAGCAAACCUUAUCAAUUUGAAUUAGUUUACUGUAUUUGUUUAAUGUCAAAAACGGUUGGAAAGCCUUUUUUAUGAGAUCUGUACUGUUUAACAUAGUCUUUAACGUAAAGAGUCAGGCAGAUUUAACUAUGAUUUGAAUUCAGCAGAUUUUUAAUUGCAAUUCUCUUCAUCUCCACAUACAUGCAGUCUUUCUCUAUAAAUAUGUACUCAGAAAUAAAGUCGUAAUUGGUUCUCAGAGAUUUAAAACCAUAUAGAGAUGUAUAGAACUGCAGCAUGGAUAUAAUUCAUGGUUUGGUUGUUUCCAGGGUAAGAUAGAUAGGCCAUGAUUGUGUCUGAAAAAAAUGUUAACAGACAUAGAUGCUUGUCAAAUGCAUAGUUUCAAGCUGUCACUAUUAUCUACCUU